AUGGAGCAUCGACAGCCAUCUGAUACGGCAGAAGAGCAGAGAACGAGCGAGGAGGUCGAAGAGGUCGAGGACAAUGUCACGGAUGCAGCCGUGGACUUUGUGUCGCUGGGCAUGUUGAUCAUAGACGACAUUGAGUAUCUCCCGCCACGGCCGCCGGUGCGCGACGUUCUCGGCGGUGCGGGUGCCUACGCGGCUCUGGGUGCGCGGCUCUUCUCGCCGGCGCCGCGGCUGUCGCGUUCGAUCGGCUGGGUGGUCGACCAGGGGUCUGACUUUCCGGCCGCGAUGCGCGCCCAGAUCGACGGCUGGCAGACGGCCGUGGUGCUGCGCGAAGAUGCCGGCCGGCUGACGACGCGCGGCUGGAACGGCUACGACGUCGGCGAGCGCCGCGCCUUCCGCUACACCACGCCCAAGGUACGGCUAACGGCGGCCGACCUGCCGCCGCCGCUGCUGCGUGCCCGCUCCGUCCACAUUGUCAGCUCGGCCGGGCGCUGUCGCGAACUGGUGGCCGACCUGUUGACCAGGCGGCGCCAGCUCAAGGCGUCCGGUGCCCGUCCCUACAUCGUCUGGGAACCGGUCCCCGAUCGGUGCUCGCCCGACGAGCUGCUCGACUGCACCAACACCCUCCCGGUCGUCGACGUCUGCAGCCCGAAUCAUGCCGAGCUGGCCGCCUACAUGGGCGACCCCGACGGCGGCCUCGAUCCUGCGUCUGGUCGGCCGUCUGCUGCCGCUGUCGAGCGCGCCUGCGAACAGCUUCUGGCCGCUAUGCCGCUGCAGUCGUACGCCAUCGUCGUGCGGGCCGCCGAGCUCGGCUGCUACAACCUCCAUGGCGGCUUGCGUCCCGAUAUCGAUAUGGAGGCCCUGUUUGCCGGCCUGCAGCAGGACGACGAGGGCGCCAUCGCCCGCGAGGAGAUCGAGGUCGAUCCCGGUCUCGAGAUCUGGGUGCCGGCCGUCUUUGGAACGAGCGACAAGGACGACGACGAUAACACCCCCAGAACAAGUCCUGUCGUCGAUCCGACCGGUGGUGGCAACGCCUUCAUGGGCGCCAUGGCCCUCGCGCUCGCCCGCGGCCACGGCCUCGAGCAGGCGGCCGUCUGGGGCAACGUGGCCGCUAGCUUUGCCAUCCAGCAGGUCGGCGUCGCCGUCUUGGGCCGCGACCCCGACGGCCGUGAGACCUGGAACGGCGAGCGCGUCGACGAUCGCUGCACCGCCUACGAGACGCGUCUGCGCCAAAACGGACUGCUGCGAGGGGAUCGCCGCUAA